CAGUCGCGAGUCUCAGACCCUCCACGUGAGUAACAUCGACGCUUUCGGAGGCAAAGACCCCUCUCGCACACAGCAGAGCUUCAACUCCUUCGCUCAGUCGCAGGACUACUUUGCCUGGAUCUCCCUACAGGUCCGAAACUGCAAGUUCCACAACUUCUUCUCGGCCCACCGCGGCUCCGUCUUCUUUGUGUGGACUACAGGUAACGUGACAAUCGACGGUGACUCAGCUUUCACUUAUAACACAGUCGCAGACAGGAGAGAGGUCUUCGGCGGUGGGGCGGUUUCUCUCGGAUACAUCGCAGAGGAUGCCUAUGUCAAUAUCACAGCCACGUUCCACAACAACGCAGUAGUCUAUCCUUAUCCCUUUGGCUCUGAGCACGGAGAAGGUGGCGCUAUCUUUGCCGAGUAUAGCACAGGGCAUGUAUACAUCGGAGGAGAGUUUAAGAACAACUUCGCCGCAGACGGAGGGGCUGUGCACAUUAAGAACGUCGAGAGUGGCACCUUAACGCUGGAUGGCCAUUUCGAGCACAAUAUGGCCCUCGACACAGGCGCAGGCUGUCGCGGAGGUGCGCUCCGUAUCUUCAACCUGACAGCUCCGGUGAUCCUGCGUGGUACGUAUGUAGACAACUUGUCUGACACGGGUAGAGGGGCUGUAGUGGCUCUGAACAUCCUCAACCGAAACUCGAGCGUUGAGCUGGACGGGGAGUUCCGGCUGAACACGUGCGGCACUCAGGGCGCCGUGGUGUCGCAGACGUCGUCCUUUUUUGGUGAAAUCACCUACAAGAAGGGAUGCAAAAUGCUCGGCAAUGAAGGCUACGACAACCCGAAGUCGAAUAUUAUGUACAUCCAACGGCCUGUAGUACAGCGUUUAACGCACGAGGACCUUGUAGUGGACGCCUCCGGGGGGAUUGUUGAGGAUCUCAAGUUCGUUAUGAUCACGGCCUGAGGCAGACAUGGGGUAGAGAAGAAAACGUAAACGUUUGGCUUAAAGCUGGCGCUAUGACGGCUUAAAGCAGACGUGUAUAGAGGGACACACGUUAACGUUGAGCGCAUACCUGACACGGCACAUGUGUGUCACUUGAGCGUGCUAGAUUAGAGGAGGAUCCGAAGCAGGGUUUUCAGGUUUUAGGGUUUGUAUUCAACCCUAUGAGCCCGGAGGUGAACGAAUGGGUAGCGAGUAGUGUGUAUGCGAAGAUGCUCGGUACGGGAGAGGGGACUCUGACACAACCAGCCGAUCUUUAUACUAACCCACGCCUUAGCCACCUAUGAUAGUAGGAUACUGACCAACGGCUUAGCCGUCUAUUAUAGUCCAUGCAAUGGGGUGCGCUGUGUGGUGUGGUGUGGUGUAGUCAGGUAGACGGGCGCAGGUGCAUCUCUGACUAUCUGACCGGAUAAGGAAGUAGGAUCUGAUAAAACCCUAAACCCUACCCUAAAACCCAAGUGUAUAUAGAGUGAGAGGGGGGUAUUCAAUGGAUCCAGAAGAGUUGUCCGAAUGCUGUGGAAUUAGCGAGAUACGAUUACAACUCUGGUUAUCCCAAACGACCAUCCCCGUCCAGCUGACAGUGUUGCUUUGAUAGUCUAACAGAUGAGGUUGGAUGCGCAGAAUAGCAAACAACAAAUAGCAUUAAAGGAGCAAAUGAGACAAAAUGACCCGAAAACAAUAUUCGUGCACAUACCCAAUCCAAACAAAUCUUAAUAUUAACCCGAAUAAAUGUUUCCUCAGCUGACAAUGUGGCUUUGAUAGUCUAACAGCUGAGGCUGGGUGCGCAGAUUAGCAAAUAGCAAUUAAAGAAACCAAUUGGAACAG